AUGCAUUUAGAGAAACAUGCUAAAGCUCUUAUAGAUUAUUAAUAUAGUUCAGAUGAUGAUGAUAUUGUAGAUUAUAAAAAGAAAGCUAUAAAAUAUAGAAAUGAUUUUAAUGAAACAGAUGAAUAAGUUCGAAGAUUGAAAAAAGAAAACUUACAUAAUGUAAUUUAUAUUAUGAAUAUAGAAAUAAACAAUAACUGAAUUAUUAGCAGAUUUAGAAGUACAUUAAAAAAGAAUUAUUUUGUUAGAGUAGGAACUAUUUAAUUAAAAGAAAUUAGCAUAAGAUUCACAAGAUCAAUUAAAGAGAGCAAAAUUAUAGAAAUAAGAGGAUAGAAUUUUAAGGGAAUAGAAAAAAUUUCAAGAGAAAUUUGCUUUGUAAACAAAUGAUGCUCUUGAAAAAUUAAGAUAACAUUUUGAUUAAACCUUGUAACAACUUACACCUAAACCUGAAAACAGAUGA